UGCCUGUCGAACAAAAUUUGAGCCAAAAUUUGCCGAUUCGCUACCAAAUCCGAUUCCGAUUCCACUUCGGGGGGGAAAUUCUCAGUUCUCAUGGCUAACGCGGGCAAUAAUCCAUCGCUUAAGGACGAGGCAUGUGGCGUCUACGACCUUCUGUCGGCGUCUCCGACGUGCCUGAAAUUCUGCUCUCCCGCCAAUCGGAGCCAGAAGCGGACUCUGACCCUCCUGAACACCUUUCAGCAGCCGGUGAUCUUCAAGAUGAAGACGAAUGCCGCCGACCAGUACCACGUGACGCCCUUCUUCGGCCGGAUCGAGCCGUUCAGCUGCCUGGAGGUGGUCGUCCGGCUGAACGGCGCCGAGCCGAAGGCCGACUGCCAGUUUCCGCAUCACUUCAGCGUCUACUCGACCAUCGCCCCCGCCGCCGGGGUCCAGGGGAACAAACAGUCCAUCCUGGCCAUCUUCAAGGACAUUCCCGUCGCCAGGCUGGCCGUGGUGCGCAUCAACGUCGAGUACGAGGCCGAGCCGGCGGUGGCGCCGGCGCCGGCGCCGGCCAAUCCGCUGCGGACGGCCGCCGUGUCGGAGAUCCGCAGUGCCGCCGAGCGGAUGAUCGCCAGCCAGGUGGUCUCCUGCGUGUCGAGCGGCAGGUACAGUGCCUCCAAUGCGGCCAGUGCCGCCAACCAGAGCAUCGCUCCGUGCCCCACCUGUGACCCCCUGGACUCGCCGCCGCUGAACCUUGAGACGAGCGUCCGUGUGUCCCUGAACGACAUCGCCAUUCCCUCGGUCCUCCAGAUGGUCAUUGUGGGCGCAGCCCUGGCGGGAGUGCUCUUCCUCAUCGCCAUGGAUCCCAAGAAACUGGACGGGGUCUUCAAGAUGCUCCUCGGCUGCCUGAACCUGGACUCUUCGGAGAUCAUUCAAUGCGGCAAAUCGGAUAACACUUCUCCUGCUUCUGCCUAUGCUUCUGGCCCUUCAGCCACCUGCAACAUGCCGGAUUGUUGUCAGGGCGAUUGACGCAAUAAUCACACCUCAAAUUCAAUGUA